AACCAAUUCACAUACAUCCCCUAUCCACGUCCUCAAUACCACAAACACAAAACCACCUCAUCCCGCCGCUCAGCCUCCAAACACGACCCACAACCCACGAACCACGAACCACAACAUCGCAAUCGCGGACUACUCCAUAUCUAUCUCCAAACCCCGCAUAUCUCCUCAUCUCCCCAUCCCAUCCAUCCAUCCAUCCAUCCCACCCUCCUUAUCUUUCUCUAUUCUCUAUUCUCUAUUCUCCCUCCCUCCCCAAUCCCAAACCCCCAAACACAACCCCCUCAAACCCAUUUAAAAAUCCACUUGAAAAUGGGCGACCACGUCCUCUUCUUCUACGGAACCCUAAUGGCCCCUCCCGUCCUCCACCGCGUAAUCCACGGCCCCCAACCGCCCGCAAAAUGGCAAGUGGAUUCUCUCACCAUCCGCCCGGCCCUCCUCCCCAAUUACCGACGACACCGGGUGCGCGAGGCCGAUUACCCGGGCAUCGUGGCCACCGGAAAGGGGGAAUCAUCCGUGCUGGGGAUGGUGGUGGCCGGGUUGACGGAUGGGGAUGUGCAUCGGUUGGAUAUGUUUGAGGGGGGGAGCGGGGAGGAGCGGCUAGAGGACGCGGAGUGGGAUUUCGAGGCGUUUAAACGGGAUAGGAUGGCUUGGUGGGUGGAGGCGGAUGAGAAGGAUUGGUGAUUCUCUCUCUUUCUCUCUCUCUCUUUCUGUCUGUGUGUGUGUGUGUGUUGCUUAGAUAUAGAAGAUUACAGUUAGAAUGUGAGUUAGGCUGAGGCGAUGUUGAGAAUAGACCUUAGAUUCUCUCAUCAUAGCUAUAUACAUACAUCUAUCCAUCCCUCGAACCUC